CAGUGGGGGCAGUGGCAGUGAGUGGCAGUGGGGCAGUGGCGAUGCCGGGCUAUGACUAUAAGUUCCUGGAGAAGCCGAAGCGCCGCUCGCAGUGCCCUCUGUGCAGUAAACCCAUGAGAGAGCCCGUCCAGGUCUCCACCUGCGGACACCGCUUCUGUGACACCUGUCUCCAGGAGUUCCUCAGUGAGGGCGUGUUUAAAUGUCCCGAGGACCAACUUCCGCUGGACUACGCCAAGAUUUACCCCGACCCAGAACUCGAGGCUCUGAUCCUGUCCCUGACCAUUCGCUGCAUUCACAGUGAGGAGGGCUGCAGGUGGACUGGACAGAUUAAACAGCUGCAGGUGCACCUCGCCUGCUGCCCGUUCAAUGUCAUUCCCUGCCCAAACCGCUGCACAAUCAAGCUGAGCAGGAGAGAUCUGGCUGAACACCUGCAGCACGACUGCCCCAAACGGCGGGUCAAGUGUGAAUACUGCGGGAAUGACUUCACCGGAGAAGGUUACGAGAAUCACCAGGGAAUUUGCCCCCAGGAGAGCGUGUACUGUGAGAACAAGUGCGGGGCCAGGAUGAUGAGACGCCUCCUGUCACAACAUUCCCUUGCAGACUGUCCGAAACGAACACAGCCCUGCAAGUUCUGCGGCAAGGAAUUUGUGUUCGACACAAUACAGAACCAUCAGUACCAGUGCCCGAGAUACCCAGUGACCUGCCCCAACCAGUGCGGGAUGCCAAACAUCGCCAGGGAAGACCUCGCUAAUCACCUGAAAGAUAACUGUAACACGGCCAUGGUGCUGUGUCCCUUCAAAGACGCCGGCUGUAAACACAGGUGUCACAAGAUCGCGAUGGCCAGACACAUGGAAGAGAACCUGAAGGUUCACCUGAACAUGAUGUGCAGCCUGGUGAGCCGGCAACGCCAGGACAUCUUAGAGCUGCGUCGGGAGGUGGAAGAGCUCUCGGUCGGCAGUGACGGCGUUCUCAUCUGGAAGAUCGCCGACUACUCCCGCAAGAUGCAGGAGGCCAAAGUGAGGAACAACUACGAGUUCUUCAGCCCCCCCUUCUACACCCACAGGUACGGCUACAAGCUCCAGGUCUCGGCCUUCCUCAACGGCAAUGGCAGCGGGGAAGGCACCCACCUCUCCGUGUACAUCCGGGUCCUGCCCGGGGAGUACGACAACCUGCUCGAGUGGCCCUUCGCUUUCAAGGUGACCUUCUCCAUCCUGGAUCAGAGCGACCCCUCCCUGUCCAAGCCGCAGCACAUCACCGAGACCUUCACCCCAGACCCCAACUGGAAGAACUUCCAGAAGCCCGCCAACUCCAGGAACUCCAUGGACGAGAGCACGCUGGGCUUCGGCUACCCCAAGUUCAUCUCCCACGAGGAGAUCAAGAAGAGGAACUAUGUGAGGGACAAUUCCAUCUUCAUUCGGGCAUCUGUAGAGAUCCCUCAAAAGAUCCUAGCAUAAGCACAGAGGCCAGAGGACAUACCUUGUUGGUGGGACAUCUUUAUAACUGGAAGGAAAUGGACCAAUUUCUCUUUUAUCAUCAAAAGCUUUUUUUUUAAGACAUAUAUAUAUCUAUAUUGUGAUACAAACGAAAUUUGACCCCCAACCUAACAGGGGGCUCUACGUUUGAGUUGAGUCCUCCCAACUGUGCACUGUGAUAGCUGCCCUACUGUGCAUGCGUUUCAAAACGGCAUGAUACUUAAGGACACUGGGUCUGCCCACUUCAGGGAGACAAUUUAUACCUCCGCCGCUCUCUUUUUAUAUCGUAAUAAACGGAUACCUGUUUAAACUUG